AUGAAUGCUUAAUAAGACAAAAUAAUUAUCAAGGUUGAUUAUAAAAAUGAACCGAACAAUUAAUAUGUAGUUAGUAGAAUAGAGAAGAUUAAAAAAUUUUUAUGUGAACAAUAUAGGCUGGCUGAGAAGGAUAUAGCUGUUAAAAUUGAUGGCAUAACUUGUGACUCUAGUGAUAGUUUUGAUAAAUAUAUCAAAGAUAAUUAACCUUUGAAAGUAGUGAUUUUUGAUAUAGAUACGCUAAUUGCUGACUACCAAGAAUUAUAAUAAAUAAGAGAGUAGUCAUCAAUUGAAAAUAACUAAUCAUAAUUAGAAAAUACAUAGACCAAAAUUUUGAAAUCAGAGAUGAGCACUUAGUAUGAUUUAAGUGAUAAUAAUGAAGGUAAAGUUCCUUACAGCAUAAUUUCAAUUUAACAAUCAAGCCAAAUGUUCUCAUAAAUUAUUUAUCAAAACAUGAAUUGUUUCUAUUGUCAUCAGGAUAUUAAAUAAGAUAUAAUAUCCACUCCCUGUUAACAUUUUUAUCACCCUGACUGUUUUGAUUAAUUUAUUUACAACAAUUUACAACUAUCAUCUCCUACUUUAUAGUGCCUUUGUAAUUAAAAAUUACAAGUGUAAAUUUUAUAAAUUUUGGGCCUUGAAAAGUUCAGAACUUAUAAAGAAACAUUACUAGAAAAUCAAUUAUUUUACCUCUAGUAACAUUACAAAAGCAAAAUUGGAAGGUGUAUUGAUAACCAACACUGCAAAUUUUGGUUUUUUAAUUAAUUCAAAAGUCAAAUACAUAAGAAAAUCAUAUGUCAUUAAUGCUCAACCCCUCAAAAUUAAAAUUUUUAAGCUAAAAAAUCCAUUUUUCUAGAAGGCCGAAGCAUUAUCAGGUCUCAUAAUGCUGAAUAACGCGAAACAGAUAUGUAAUCGAGGCAUCCUUUAAAUUAGAAUUUACCUCAGGAUGAGGAAAAUAAAUUCAAUUAAAUAGAUGGAGAUAAUUUUGAAACAAAUGGAACGACAUAGAGAGAAAUAAUGAAUUCAAAGAUAAUUAGAACACAAUAGGAGAAUAAUUCGAUAAUCUUUUAGAAAAAUGAAACACCACAAAAAUCUGAAGGGCAAUAGAUUUUGAAUGAAGUAUAGAUAUAUGCUGAAUAAGUAGUUGAAAAUUAAUGA